AUGGCGGAUGAUGAUGAAGAAGUGGGCGAAGAAGAAAACACAAAUAAUCUAGGGUCCUAUGAAGGGGAAAGAAAUGAAAAAAAUGAACGUCACGGUUUUGGUAAAGCGAAACUUCCAAAUGGAGAUACGUACGAAGGACAGUAUCAAAAUGGGAAACGCCAUGGAAGCGGUACCUAUCGGUACGAGAGGAGAGGUCCUGUUAUGUUUGAAUAUCACUUAAAAUACAUUCACUUUGAAUUUAUAGAUUUAAUAAUGGAGCCCGAUACAUUGGAGAUUAUACACGGAAAAGGCACAUUCAUUUAUCCAGAUGGUUCAAAAUAUGAAGGGGAAUGGAAUGAAAAUGUUCGUGAGGGAUACGGUAAAUAUUCGUAUCCAAACAAUGAUACAUACGAAGGUGAAUGGAAAAAUCAUCAAAGGUCGGGAAAAGGAACAUACACAUAUGCUGCAACAAAAGCUCAAUAUACUGGCACAUGGAAUAACGGAAAACGUCAAGGAAAUGGUGAAAUGAAAUUUGGUUUAUACAAAUUUGUUGGAAAAUUUUAUGAAAACUAUCCACGCGGAAAAGGAAAAUUUGUAUUUAAAAAUAAUUCACAACAAAAUGGAGAAUAUCAUGUGACUUCAAACGCUCCUGAGGAUGAUACAGAUGCACCACCUCAAAUACAAUAUCGUUGGAUAGCCAGAGAUGUGAAACCUGUCGAAAAUGCACAAGCAAACGUUGAUGAUGAAGAAGAAGCUGAUUUAGACAAAACUCAAGAACAAGAUACUCUUCAAAAACAAGAUGAAACUCCAGAGGCAAAUAAUUCUAAUACAAAUUUAAAUGGUGAUGCAGAAUUAUCUGACGGCAAUGAAGAUAGUGAAGUUAACCGACAAUUUACCGAUGAUAUCGAUGGUGAACAACAAUUUAAUGAAGAAACAUGA